AUGAAAGAUGACGAAUUUUACAACAACAUAUCAUCCUACAAGAAAAUGAUCAGAAUUACAGGCUGGAUAUAUAGAUUUUUUGAAAAUUCUAGAGCAAGCAGUAAGAAAACAGGAAAAUUAUCUGUAGAAGAGCUUAUUAAAGCUGAACUCAAAAUCUUGAAAAAGGUUCAAGAAGGCUCAUUCCAAGGCGAAAAAUUGAAGAGUCUGAAACUCCUGUCGAUAUUUACAGACGCUGAUGGACUUGUGAGAAUUAAAACAAAAAUCAUAAUGCGAGAAGACAAUGAAAACUUUAAAGUUUCAAUUAUUUUACCAUCUGAUCAUCAUGUUGUUAAGAGCCUUAUUUUACACCAAGAACUUGGACAUCCUGGAGUACAAUCUUUAAUGGUAGCUCUAAGAGAAGAUUAUUGGAUAUUAAAAGCUAGAAGAACUGUAAAAAAGGUACUGAAAACCUGCAUAACUUGUCAACGAUUUAAUGUGAAAAGACCUGAAAUACCAGAAGGAAUACUCCCGGAGGACAGAGUAAAAAACGCCUCAAUUUUUGAAGUUAUAGGAGUGGAUGUUGCUGGACCGUUGCUUACGAAGGACAACAAGAAAGUGUGGAUUGCAAUUUUCACCUGUGCGAUNGUCUCCAACGACAAUAACAUAAUCAAACUAACUAAAAAAUUGUUGUUCUUAGAGAGUUCUAAAUGUCGUGGCGCCAUCUAUUGGUUCGUUUUCUAG